AUGCGUUUCACUACCGAGCUGCUGGCCGUUGCCUUGGCCCUCGCAGAUGUUACUUCCGCUCAGAAUUCGACAUACAACGCUACUGCUGCUGCUCAAGCUCAAUUGAAGGCUGAGCUGGCCAACCUUGAGAAGUUCUGGUCUUAUGGAAGAUCUCCUCCUGUUUACCCCUCUCCGCAAGGAGAAGGCAAAGGUGAGUGGGCUACUGCCUACGAGAAGGCUAGGGCUUUGGUAGCUUCUAUGACCGAUUUUGAGAAGAACAACAUCACAUACGGUUACACCUCCAAGACAAAUGGAUGUGGUGGUAACAGUGGAUCAGCACCUAGAGUUGGCUUCCCUGGUCUUUGUUUGAGCGAUGCUGGAAACGGUCUCCGUGCUACUGAUGGUGUCACUGGCUUUGCUUCGGGUGUCCACGUUGGUGCCACAUGGAACCGUAACCUUGCUUACCAGAGAGCUCACUACAUGGGUGCUGAGUUCAAGGCCAAGGGUGUCAACGUUCUCCUUGGACCCGUUGUUGGACCCCUUGGAAGAGUAGCCGAGGGUGGUCGCAACUGGGAAGGUUUCAGCAACGAUCCCUAUCUUGCUGGUAGUCUGACUUUCGAGACCAUCCAAGGCAUGCAAAACAGCGUCAUCGCUUGCAUCAAGCAUCUUAUUGGAAACGAACAGGAACUUGACCGCAACCCAUCUGGUAACAACGCUUCUAUGUCUGCAAACAUCGACGACAAGACUCUGCACGAGCUGUACAUGUGGCCUUUCCAGGACGCCGUUCACGCAGGCGUCGGAUCUGCUAUGUGCUCAUACCAGAGGGUCAACAACUCCUACAGCUGCCAGAACUCAAAGGUUAUGAACGGACUGUUCAAGGGCGAGCUCUCGUUUUCUGGUUUUAUUGUGAGUGAUUGGGGAGCACAACACUCUGGAGUGGCUAGUGCUGAGGCAGGUCUUGAUAUGGCCAUGCCUAGUUCGACUUAUUGGCAAAACGGCAACCUCAGUCAAGCUGUCAACAACGGCUCGCUCUCUUCCACUAGACUUGAUGACAUGGCAACUCGCAUUGUCGCAUCUUGGUAUCAUCUUGCCGAGUGGCAGAACCCCGGACACGGUAUGCCUCUUAACCUCACCCUGCCUCACGAGUAUGUCAAUGCUCGCGAUCCCGCCUCGAAGGCGAGCACAUUCCAGACUGCCGUUGAAGGUCAUGUCCUUGUCAAGAACGUGAACAACGCUCUGCCCUUGAAGAAGCCAGGAUUCCUUUCUCUCUUCGGGUACGACGGUAUUGCUCCAUCAGUCUACACCCCCGACAAUGCAGCCGCAUUCACCCUGUCUAACUUCGGGUUCUCUCCCGUCAAUGGUGUCAAUGCCAGUGAACUCUUCUCGCUGUUUGUCAAUCCUUCUUCCGUUCCAUCUGAUAACCUGCCCGGUAUUGCGAUCAACGGAACUAUGGUGACUGGAGGUGGCUCUGGUGCUGCUCAGCCUGCAUACAUCAGUGACCCCUUCAGCGCCAUUACUGAGCAAGCAAUGCAGGAUGACACUUGGCUGCAGUGGGACUUUCACAGCCAGAACCCUGUUGUCCAGAGAGGAUCAGAAGCUUGCCUUGUCUUCAUCAACGCCUUUGCCUCAGAGUCAUAUGACCGCCCCUACUUGCAGGACCAGUACUCUGAUGACCUUGUCUUGAAUGUCGCAGCCCAAUGUAACAACACCAUGGUUGUUCUCCACAACGCUGGUAUCCGCACCGUCGAUGCAUGGUACUCCAACCCCAACAUCACCGCCAUUGUCUACGCCCAUCUUCCAGGCCAGGACUCAGGCAAGGCAUUGGUUGAAGUCCUUUACGGAAAGCAAUCACCUAGCGGGCGUAUGCCAUACACCGUAGCUAAGAAGCCCGCCGAUUACGGCAACCUUCUGUCCCACCUUACUCCUGACAACACCAGCAACUACUACACCCAGGACAACUUCACCGAGGGCGUUUACAUUGACUACAAGGCCUUCAUUGCUCAGAAUAUUACCCCUCGCUUCGAGUUUGGUUACGGUCUGACAUACACAACCUUCAACUACUCGUCACUGCAGACCAAGGUGCUUAGCAACGUCAGCACCUCCGAAUUCCCUCCCAACACCACCAUUGCCCAGGGUGGUAUUGCCUCUCUUUGGGAUGUCAUUGCCACAGUCGACUGCACCAUCACCAACACUGGCUCAGUCACUGCCUCGGAAGUCGCACAGUUGUACGUUCACAUCCCUGGGGGUCCAGCCAAGGUGCUCCGUGGAUUCAACAAGCAAGGCAUUCAGCCCGGCAAGAGCGUCAAAUUCCACUUCGACAUCACCAGACGUGAUCUGAGCGAGUGGGAUGUUGUCAGCCAGAAAUGGCGCCUCCAACAAGGCGACUACCCCAUCUAUGUCGGCAAGAGUGUUUUGGACAUUCAACUCACCGGCAACUUGCACAUCUAA